AUGAAAGAAACCAACACAUCGAUACGACCGAGCCUUGGUGAAGGUUGCGUCGUGGUCAUUAGCCCACCAUCCACCAUUUGCGUAUCAGACCACGCCGCACCAAGAGAAUCGCGCUGUGCGGGAUUCUCAAGGACGCAGCGACACUGGGUCGUCUUACUUGCAGCCCUGGCGGCGUUUGUUGCUCCUCUCAGCGUCUUCAUCUACAUUCCCAUUAUCGAUACCCUGUCAGAAGAGCUACACGUAUCCAUCGAGUUCAUAAACAUUACGAUAACAUCCUAUCUCAUCGUUCAAGGUCUUGUUCCGGCUUUGCUUAGCAACAUUGCCGAUCAUGUUGGACGUCGACCGGUGUAUCUGGUCUCAUUGUUUACGUUCUCUGUGUCGUGCAUCGGACUAGCACUGCAAGGGUCGUACUCCGAGCUGCUUAUUUUUCGAAUGAUUCAAAGUGCCGGAACAUCAAAUCUUCUAUCUCUCGGAGCUAUGGUUGUCAGCGACGUUGCCCCGGCUCAUUCAAGGGGUAGGUACAUGAGCGCAAUGCUGACUGGAGUCAACCUUGGCCCCGUUGUAGGUCCAUUCAUAGGAGGCAUCAUGGAUGAUGAGAUGGGAUGGCAUCAGUCUUUCUGGCUUCUUCUCGCCUUCGGAGCUGCUUGCUGGACCUGCCUCUUCUUCUUCCUACCCGAAACCUGCCAAAAUACCGUAAAUGAUAGCAUUGAGAUGGAACGAAAAGUCAGCUGGCCGGUAUCGUCAGCCCUAGUUCCCGACGACAAAGCGGUGGCCGCGCCGGACACCCAAGCGCUUGUCCCAUCAACACACGCCUUCCUGAAUCCUUUUCGGGAACUGAAGAUUAUUUUCCGACGGCUAGAUGCGCUCAUACUUGCGGGAAACGCCUUGGUUCAUCUCAGCUUCACGUGUAUCCAGGACUCGCUCGCUCAUCUGGCGAUGGAGAAGUACAAGCUGAAUGGAUUGCAAGCGGGCCUGUGCUACGUGCCGUAUGGCUUGGCCGUAUUCAUAUCUGCAUACGCAGUUGGAAAGAUCAUUGAUCAUGACUACACCGCCGUGGCGAGGUCUCAUGGCAUCUCCAUCAGCGAUUUUGUCGGACACAACUUUGCGAGCUUCCCUAUUGAACGUGCCCGACUUCGAACUGUAUGGUAUCUGUUCCCACUUGUAAUCGCUUCAACGGUGUUUUACGGCUGGGCGGUUGAGUACAAGAUAAACCUGGGCCUUGUUAUGAUCACGCAAUUCAUCUGUUGUCUCGCGUCGACGGGCAUUAGCAACGCGAGUUUGGAAUCACCAUACGGCACGUAUUGUUGCUGA